AAGAAAUGAGCAUCAGUCAGCCGUGUCGGUUUGAAGUGAUCUUCCGGUAUUAUAAACACAGACCACGUUCACAAUGAGAUCGCUGGUGGUGUUGUGCGCUGCGUUGGCCUGUGUUGCCGCGCAACCGGCUAAGAACGACAAGAGGUCCAUCGGCUACGUAGCUUACGGAGGCGCUGUUGUCGAGCCAGUAGUAGAAACCGUAUACUCCGCACCUUCAGUGUACUCCGCUCCCACGGUAUAUGCCGCCAACACUGUAUACGCCGCUCCAGCUGCCGUGUCUCACCAGUCUCGUGUGGACGUGAAAUCAUCUCCUGCUUUUGUCGCCACCGCACCAGCUGUUGUUGCGUCUGCACCAGCCGUUGUUGCCGCCCGCACCUACGUUGAGCCCGUCGUGAGUGCUCCCGCGGUCGUCGCUUCGCAAGUGGUUCCCGCCGCUGUUUCGCACCAGUCCCGCGUAGACGUACGCACUUCUCCCGCUGUCGUCGCUUCUGCUCCCGCUGUCGUUGCCGCUCCGUCCGUCGUGGCCGCUGCUCCCGCUGUCGUCGCCGCGCGCACUGUUGUUGAGCCAGUGAGCACCGUCGUGUCUGCGCCCGCUGUUGUCAGCGCUCCUUCCGUGUACUACGCUGCUGGUCCCACCGUCUACGCUGGCGGUUCCGCCGUGUCUCAACAGUCUCGUGUGGACAUCAAGAGCUCCCCCGCUGUGAUCACUGAGCAAGUAGUGCAGCCCUCGUACGAAUACUUCGCUUCGCCCUCCGUGGUCGCCGCCGGACCAGCCGUGGUCGACGCUCGCUCUGUCUACGCUCCCUCAGUUUACUCUCUCUGGAAAUAGGAUGCCAAAUUGUAAUUACUUUUUAUUAUUAAAAAGUUAAUUAUAAAACACGAAAAAUUUAAAAUAAUUUGCCCGAAUAAUGAAUAAAUUUUAAAAUAGGAA